UCAGAAGCUUCAAAAUUGCCGCCAAAUUAAUGGCUCUCUAAAACCCCACCAAAACCUCUCUCUUCUGCGCUCGUUUAAACCCUCAGAUAGUUGUAAUAAAAGCUUAAACCUUUUAUCUAAUUUCCACUCUUUUUAUGUCAUUUUUUCUACCUCCAAGUUUCAAAUUUUCCCUAGAAACAAACAGUUUCUUUUUUCUUUUUUCUUUUUUCUUUUUUUUUUCAAUUUUUAUUUAUUUAUUUAUGUAUUCUGCCCCUUAAAAAAACCCUAGACCCCAAAAUUUCCAUGCUCUACCACCUCCUUCGAUGGAACAAUCGCCUUCAUUUCACACAAAAAUCUCGAACCCUAGCUCCCCUCACUUCCCUCAUCUUCACUAAGCCCUCUGUCUCCGCCGCUAAGCUCGAUGACGAGCCCUUGGUCCAAAACCCUAGAGACACCGUUUCUGAAAUCCUUGCCGGUUUGAAGAGCUUGGGUUUGAGAAGGUUUGUCUGUGGGCAAUAUUUCAAAACCCUUGUACCUACGUUGAAUCAACCUCAGGUGGAUUUGAUUGUCGAUAGCUUGAGAAUUGAGAACCCAGAUUCUGCUUUGGAUUUCUUCGAUUUAUUGAAGAAUGUGUACGGGUUUCGUCAUUCCAGGGUUUCGAGAUUCGUCGUUUCUCAUGUUUUAGCUUCGAAAAGGCGGUUCAAUGGCUUGCGCUUCGUCAUAAAGCAAAUGGUGGAUGAGGAAGGCUCUGGUUCUGCUCAUUCACUCUGUGAGCUGCUCCUGAAUAGAUUUCUGGGCUGGGAUGCGAAUAAUGUUGUAUGGGAUGUGCUGGCAUUUGGGUAUUCAAAAUCUGAGAUGGUUCGUGAUGCCCUUUUUGUUCUUGCUAAGAUGAAAGAUCUGAACCUGGAUAUCUCAAUAUCAACCUAUAACUGUCUGUUGUACAACUUGAGGCACACAGAUUUCAUGUGGGAUGUAUAUGAUCAAAUAAAAGUCAGUGGAACUCCUCAGAAUGAAUACACCAGUUCCAUACUUAUAGAUGGCUUAUGCAAGCAAUCCAGGUUAAAAGAUGCCAUUUUGUUUCUGAGGAAUACGGCACAGAAGGAGCCUGGACCUUCUGUUGUUUCAUUCAAUACCAUCAUGUCAAGUUGCUGUAAAAUUGGUUUUGUGGAUGUUGCAAAGUCUUACUUCUGUAUGAUGUUCAAGAAUGGAAUUGUUCCUGAUUCAUACAGUUACAAUAUUCUUAUUCAUGGGCUCUGUAUAGCAGGUUCAAUGAAGGAAGCAUUGGAGUUCACAAAUGACAUGGAGAAGCAUGGGCUAGAGCCCAACAUAGUAACCUACAACAUUCUUACUAAAGGGUUUUAUUUACUUGGUCUGAUGGAUGGGGCUCGGAUGGUCAUUCAGAAAAUGUUGCUUAAAGGAAUGAAUCCAGAUCAUGCUACUUAUACAAUUCUGAUAUGUGGUCAUUGUUACGAAGGCAAUAUCAAGGAAGCCCUUAAGUUGCGGAAUGAGAUGCUUUCACGGGGUAUCCAUUUGAGUGUUAUUUUAUACAGUAUAUUGCUUAGCAGUUUGUGUAAAAGCAGUCAGGUUGAAGAAGCAUUGAGAUUGCUUUAUGAAAUGGAAAUAUUUGGCUUGAAACCUGAUUUUAUAACGUAUUCUAUCGUAAUUCAUGGCCUCUGCAAGCAAGGAGAUGUCCAAAGGGCUAGUCAACUGUACCAGGAAAUGUGCUUGAAACUAAUCUUUCCCAAUAAUUUUGCACCUCGUGCUGUUUUGUUGGGUCUAUGUGAGAAGGGGAUUAUACUUGAAGCAAGAGAGUAUUUCGAUACUCUAACAAGAAGGAACCUGAUGGAUGAUAUUGUCUUGUAUAAUAUUAUGAUUGAUGGAUAUGUGAAACAUGGUGAUACUGCUGAGGCUGUACAUUUAUACAAACAUUUAAUUGAAAAAGGUAUUACUCCAAGUAUAGUCACUAUCAAUACUCUUAUUUAUGGAUUCUGCAAAACUGGCAAACUAGCUGAGGCUCAGAACCUCUUCCUCACAAUCAAACCACUUGGACUGGUGCCAAGUGUGGUAACUUAUACUAUUAUGAUCAAUGCCUACUGUGAAGAGGGAAACAUGCAAGGCAUGCUUGAUCUCUUUCAUGAGAUGGAAGCAAAGGGUGUGGCACCGACUCAUGUAACUUAUACUGUAGUUAUUAAAGGACUCUGCAAACAGAGGAAGCUUAAAGAAGCUUUUCAGUUGAUUGAGGAUAUGUAUGCUAAGGGUCUAAUUCCAGAUCAGAUCAUAUAUAACAUCAUCAUUAAGUAUUUCUGUGAAGUUCAGGAUUUUGGCAAAGCUUUUCAGUUACAUAAAGAGAUGUUGCAUAAUCUCGAGCCAAUUCCUUCUACAUAUAACGUUCUCAUCAAUGGUCUUUGUGUAUAUGGUAAACUUAAGGAUGCUGAUGAUCUAAUGGUUUAUCUUGAAAACCACAAUGUCAGAUUGACAAAAGUUGCUUAUACUACACUAAUAAAAGCACAUUGUGCAAAGGGUGAGGUAUUUAGGGCGGUGGAACUCUUCCAUCGAAUGGUGGAGAAAGGAUUUGAAAUCUCAAUAAGAGAUUAUAGUGCGGUAAUUAAUAGAUUGUGCAGAAGGAGUCUGCUAAGAGAAACAAGACAAUUUUUGCACAUGAUGUUAUCCAAAGGCAUUUCCCCGGAUCAAGAACUUUGUGAGGUGAUGCUUAAGGCUUUCCAUCAAGAUGGUGAUCUCAAUUCAGUAUUGGAGCUUGUUGCCAAGAUGAUCAAAUCUGGAUUUUUUCUUGAUUAAUCCAUGAGAAAAUGAUGUUAUUUGGGCUUCUCCCUGUUAAAAGAGCUGCAAGUCCUAUAGGAGUUCCAUAGAUGAGGCCCUCUUCAAAGUUCAAGUUUAUGCUUGAAGUGUAGAGUUCUUUACCACCUACGGAUAGCUUUUUCUGGGGUUGAUGUACAGGUGAUGAUAUAAAGUAUAGACAAUCAAUAUCCUCUGAAGUGGUUUACUGCUGCUGAAGCUGCCUGCAGAAUAAUGUUCACCUUCACUCCUUGUAUACAAGCACCAGAGUUAAUUUAAGACACUGUUUUAUCUGGGUUUCUGGAACAUGGUAUUUUGGAAAUACAUAUGGUUCUGCCCAUAUAUAGCAAGUCUCUAAAACCAAACUUGUGAUACCCACAUAAACACGUUUUUUCAUUACCUGCAUUCUGCUAUUCUUCACAAAAUUGAGGUGGUGCUUGCUCAAUGACGCAACUUUUGUAGUGACUGAAUAACUAACUCUUGGCAAGAUGGAACAUCACAUCUGCUAUGGGUUGACUGACUGCAGAAAUUCAUGUAUAAUGGUAGCAAAUAAUGGAAUUGCUCUAUGCAAUCCGUACAAGGGUGUGUGGUCAGGGGAUUAUGCUUCAGGGAAUCUAUAACCCAAGGUGAAGCAGCUUAUGAAUUUGUUGCAAACAAAAUAUAUGUUUGUGUGGCUGUCUAGAGAACGUCCUCAACUUUGCAUUUAAUAAGAGUUACCUUAAAAUAAAUGAUAGCUGACAGAAAUUUCUAAUUAUAUGAUGUCUCUUGCUAAUUACAAUCACUAUAAGACUAUAAGACUAAGAUAUGUCCAUGAAUACUCGAGGAAGCUUAAUUUCGCUCAUAGAAGGCUGCUGAAGAUAAGAUUUUGCUUGAUAGCCUUUAGAAAAUGCAUUUUGAGUGAGUUUCAGAGGAUUUAAGUUCAAAAUGGAGUGCUUCAUGCUUGGCGUUUCACACAUGCCCUUUGCAUGACAGGCUUUUGACUUGGUUCGAUGUGUUUUUCUUCUGGAAUCAAAGGCACUUUGAUGGGGCUUAGGUAACAAGAAAACGUUGGUGAACAGUCACCAUUUAUGGGGGUAAAAUUUCCGGAGUAUUGUUGUAUCCAUGAUUGGAUGUUGUUUCUUCAGCUUUUUUCGCUUCUUAAUUUGGUUGUGGUUCAUUUGUUGAUGCUCAUACAAUCUAUAAAAUAUGAGAACCAACAAAUUUUAAGAUAUAA